AUGGCGGAGCUGUACGCGGAGGUGGCGGACGAGGAGCAGCGGCUGGCGCGCGGGCCGUCGCAGCGGCAGUACUGGGACCGCAAGACCUUCAGCUCGUUCGCCGAGCAGCAGCGCGCCAUGGCGCGCUCCAGCACGCUGUACAUCGGCAACCUGUCGUUCUUCACGUCCGAGGCGCAGAUCUACGAGCUGUUCAGCCGCGUGGGGCACGUCAAGCGCGUCAUCAUGGGCCUGGACCGCUUCAAGAAGACCCCGUGCGGCUUCUGCUUCGUCGAGUACAGCACGCACGCCGAGGCCGAGGCCUGCGCGCAGUUCCUGAGCGAGACCAAGCUGGACAACCGCGUGGUGCGCUGCGAGAUGGACGGUGGCUUCCGCGAGGGCCGCCAGUUCGGCCGCGGGCUCUCGGGCGGCCAGGUGCGCGACGACCGCCGCUCCAAGGACGACUACGACGCCGGGCGCGGCGGCUACGGCCGCGGGGACGACGCCACGGCCGACGGCCACCACUUCCGCCGCUCGGCGCACGUCAAGCGCCCGCGCGACGACAGCAUGGCGGCGGACGAGCCACCCUCCAGUCGCCAGAGACGCCCCGAGUCCCCGCGUGGGGAGGAGGGCGACAAGCAGCAGCAGGAGGAGAACCCGAGGUUCCGCAAUCGGGAGGACGACGCGGACAGGGGCGAGGAGGAGACGACCGAGGAGAACCAGCAGCCUGCUGCCACGACGACGGAGGAGCCUGCGCAGCCGAGCGAGGAGUAA